AUAUCAUUUCCCAAGACUUGCUUGAAUCACGAUCUUUCCCUCAUUCCUUUUCAAAUAUUCUAUGUAGAAGUGGAGGUGGUACUCCAAACGAACAGUACGCUGUCCAGAAUGCUAGGCUUCAGAUACAGCACUGCCAAUUAUCUGCUGAAAUGACCGAGAAGUUGUGGUACUGCCUCAGAUCCUGUAACUCACUGAAACAGCUCAGCAUCUCAGACUCCUCUCUCAGUUUCCCUCCAUCUCCUCCGGAGCUUCUAUCAGUCACAAAGCUAUCAGCCGAGAGAGUGACUUCACAAAGCUACAAAGGUGUGCUCUCAUCGGUACCUUGUGUGACAGACAUCGAUGUCUCUAUCGAUGAUGCAGAGACGAGCAACACUUCCCAGAUGACCACCGCCACCAGACCUAUGGGUCAGACUAGGGCUGAGAAUGAACAGUGCUUUGUUCAUAUCAGACUACACCCUUGGCCAGCAAGAACGACGGACAGGAAGAUUGAUUCUGGAGAGGCAGGUGGAGGGCUUAUUCUUCUAUUUGAAGACCAAACCAGAACCCAACAGCUGCUGUAUAUGUCCGGGGUGAAGGGCAGAGACGAAGAAGCCUUAGUCAACUUGUUUGUCAUGACUAAACAACUAACGUACUUGAAUUCAGGGAAUGCAGGUGGUUCUCUUAACAACGACGGGUAUGCCAUCCAGAAUACGAGGCUUGAGAUACAGCAGUGCCAACUAUCUACUGAAAUGACCAAAAGGUUGUGGUCCAGCCUCACAUCCUUCACCUCACUGAACCAUCUCACCAUCUCAGACUCCUCUCUCAGGUUCCCCUCAUAUCCUCCUGAGCUUCCGUUCGUCACAAAGCUAUCCGCUAAGAGAGUGAUGUCACGAAACUAUGAAGAUCUGCUCUCAUUACUUCCUGACCUGGUAGAUAUCGACAUCACUAUCGAUGAUGCAGAGAGAGACAUACCUCAGAUCACGGCUUGUCUUCGUCGUACCAGACGACAGCAGCUCAUACACGUCACCAUUACAGCAUAUUCAGCACUCCCAUCAGAGAAGAACAAUGUAUCAAGAGAGACGAUGAGAGCACUGGGUCUUCUGAUCAGAGAACGAACGAAGAACCUACAGCGGCUUUGUCUGUCCAGAGUGAAGUGCACAGACGAAGAAGAUUUGGUUGAACUUGUAGAGUCUUGCAGACAUGUGAAGACACUGAGUCUUAUAAUGCUUCUUGACUGUGGUACAAACAGAGGCGGUAAACUAAGUCUUCACAUCACUGGUCUUCGCAAUUCAAAGAAGUCAAAGAAGUCGCUCAGGGUGAUUGUCGUGCAUGAUGAUGGUAAACUCUCCGUAGAGAAAUACCAGUUAUCUUCCGAAAUGACUGAGAGAAUGUGGUCCGGUCUCAGAUCUUUCACCUUACUGAACCAUCUCACCAUCUCAGACUCCUCUCUCAGUUUCCCUUCAUCUCCUCCUGAGCUUCCAUUCGUCAGAAAGUUAUCAUCCGAGAGAGUGAUGUCACAAAGCUAUGAGGGUCUGCUCUCAUCGCUUCCUGGCUUGAGAGAUAUCGAUAUCACUAUCAAUGAUGCAGAGAGAGACAUACCUCAGAUCACGGCUGGUCUUCGUCGGACAGGAGGACAUGAGCUCACGCACAUUAGCCUUAAAGCACCUCCAUCACUACCAUCAGAGAAGAACAGUGUAUCGAGAGAGACGGUGAGAGGCUUGGGUCUUCUGAUCAGAGAACAAACCGAAAACCUGCAGCAGAUAAAUGUGUCCGGGGUGAAGUGCACAGACGAGGAAGACAUGGUUUACCUCAUCGAGAGCUGCAUGCAUGCGAAGACGAUGUCGAGAGUGUGGUUCGUCGGGUGUGGGACUACAGAGGGCGGUAGACUGGAAUAUUAUCUGACGAGUCUCGAUACAUCACCCGGCCCACUCGCUGUGUUUGUCCAGCAUGGAAUUGAUGAUAUGCAUGCGGAGGGGUACAGAAUUACCCACACUGCUUGAGCUACAGUACGGCGACAGCUGACAUAGUGCAUUGCAUUGCACCUGACAUCAUUUCUCUCACAUUGGUUGAGUUUCACUGAUGCCGACACACUACCCGGUCAAAUUUACAUGCUGUAUUGUCUCAUACCUGAUAUAUACCUGAUCUACUUCUUGGUAUUUGUUAACCUAUUUUCUACUGGAACCGGGUUGUUUUUGUACUGAAGCUAUCAUGUUAAAUCCGUAAUCAACUUUCAGGAGAAAUGAAGUUCAAAUUGAUUCAACUUCAUGUUUAGAUAAUGUCGGUCCCUGCUAACCAGCUUUAAGCAUUGUCAUUGUUAAGUAUACAAUUGAAUGUAGCUCCUAUCCCCAUUUUUUCUUAAUUGGAAUCAUUUUUACUCUUUAUUAUAGGCUUUCAAAUCAUCUAAGCAGCAGAGAUUUUUACACCCAUAUAAAUAAAUAUAUCUUAUUUGUUAAGUUACCCGGUAUUUUUUUUUCUCCAUUUACAUAAUUUUAUAUCAAGUCUCAUGAUGAUCGACGAUGUAAAUUUUUUAAUUUUUAAACAGCCGUUGAAGAAAUUUUGUGAGGAUUUUUGGAAGCAUAAAUAUUUUGAAAGAGAAUGUCAUGACUAUGAUUGUUGUUUCCAAUGUUUGGUAUGGGUGUAGGUAUACAUUUCAGUAUUUUUCAUUCUUGUAAUAAUUUGUUGUGCCUUUUCAUGAUUUUGGGCUAGCUAUAUCAAAUUGAAAAAUAGCUAAUGUGGACUUAUAAACAUAUCUUAUUUACUCGCCCUCAACGGUAAAUAUGAGAAACUGUUCAUACGCUUAUGGACAUUUUAGAUGUAGUCUUUGAACUUGAUCGAAAUGUUGAUAAGUUGCAAACUCUUGAUACAAUGUUCAAUUCAUUAAAUUCUUUAUUUGCGAAAUAUAUUAAUAAAAAAGUGCUAUAGUGAAAAGCAACGUAGAUGUGUUUAAAAGAGAGAAUGAAUAUGAAUAUGCAACCCUAUACCCACAUAAGGAUCUCUAGCCGUCGGUCGAUCCUAGCCUUAUGCCCGAUAUGAAAACUGGUCCUUUCCAUUGAAAUUUUCAAUAAAUCUGUCUUAUACGCAAAAAGUGAUUGUCUGUAUAAAACAUUGCACCAAAUGUGCAAAAAUACAAAGCGUAGAUAAAAUAUAUGAUUCUCACCGUAGAGGGCGUACAAAAUACGAUAGGUUUAAAUCCCUAUAUUAGUUUUCAAUACAAUUGUCUCUUAAAUUUAUCAUAAAAAACAUCUACAAUAUUACGUCCAUACAAAGAUUAUGAAUUUAUAUACGUAUUCGAGCUUCAAAUAUUUUAAAGAAAUAUCAUAAAAAACACAAAAUCGGCAUUACUUUGUUGUAAAAUAAUUAAAAAAACAUUUUCAGUGUGCUUUUUUUUUCCAUUAUGAGAAUCGACCCUCAAUAGUACCGUCUCCUACAUUUUUCGAUGUUAGUAAGCUAUAUUUUCUCUAAGUUUAUAAAGCUGUAAAAUGAACCUGUCCUAAAACAGUAGUAUAGUCGGUAGAAAAUACCUAAAUAUGCCAAGAUUCGUUUAACAUUUUGCUAUAGGCCUAUGUGCACUUUUCUCAUCAUACACUUCACUUCUUACUAUAAAACCCCCUUCCCACUUUAUUGAAACGACCUCCUCUCGGUCUCUGAAUCAUUCUGACCUAUUGCUUCUAUUCCAAAUUAUAGUUUAUCAUACCAAAUUAAUCUUCUUUUGUUGAAUAUAUCUAGAAUUAAGAAGGAGGAAUGAGAGCAGCAAGGGUGAAAUAGGCGAGAGAGAGUUUCGUAUUUUGGUUCUUUUAGUGCAAUAUUUAUGUUUGUUCAUAAACUUCAUUUGUCUCAUUUCACCUGGUUUUGGUCAAUUAAUGUGAUUUCAUUAUACAACGCUUUAUGUUUUAAUGGCCUUGUCUUACGUAUAUUAUUAAUCAUUGUAUUCUAGGACCAAUGAUAUCAAAAUAAUGCAAUUUAUGUCAGUUCUGUAGAUCGACAUUAUAAUUUGAGAGAUUAUACUCAAUGAAUCCCAUGGAAUGCAUACAGCUAAUGGAUGUACCUAUUGUAACAAUGCACAU